CACAGAGGAUGUAUGUUGUGUUAUGGAGUAAGUGUGGAGUGUUUAAGUGUCAGUCAUCAGUAGAUCAGUAUGGAGUUGCUUUCUCUUCCUCUUGUUCUCUUGUUGAUUUCAAACAUCCACUCUGGACAAACUGAAGUCACUCUGAAAGUCAAACCCAACAGAUCUCAACAAUUCUCAUCUGAAACUGUCCUUUUUCGCUGUGAGGAUCACAGUAACUCUACUGAAUGGACAGUGAGAAGAUACACAAGAUUCACAUUGGGACCUUGUAUCUCAUCAGGCAGAAUUACCCCAGAGACAGAAUGUACAUGUGCAUGUCAAAUCAGUAAUCUCUACCCAGCUGAAACUGGAGUGUACUGGUGUGAGUCUAAAUCUGGAGAGAUGCUUCAAUUUGUUAAUAUCUCAAUAGAUGAUGUUGAUGUGAUUCUAGACAGUCCUGUUCAUCCUGUGACUGAAGGAGAUCCUCUGACUCUACGCUGUUUAUAUCGAAAUAAAAAACCCUCUAACCUGAGAGCUGAAUUUUAUAAAUAUGGAUCAGUGGUGCAGAAUCAGACUACAGGAGACAUGAUGAUCAUCCCUACAGUCUCAAAGUCACAUGAGGGUUUCUACUACUGUAAAUACCAAGAGAAAGGGGUGUCUCCGAAGAGCUGGAUAUCAGUCAGAGCCAGAGUUUCAGUUUCAGUACCUUCUCAGGUGAAGUGGUAUGGUCUCAAGAUGCUUGCUUUUCUCCUGGCAGUUUGUCCAUAUCUGUUAGCGACAGCCGUGCUGGUUUUUAAAUGCUGUAGACUGAGAGUUUGCUCAUCUGUUGAAGAUCAGUUGCAGAAUGCAGUAAGAGAAGAUGAAUCUGAUAUGAAUGUGUUGUGAGUGCAGUGAAGCAUCAGUCUGUGAUCUCUCAAUAACACAUUCACAAACUGAAUAACUGCAGUCAAUAACAAUGAGUGACAAUCACAAAUGAACUCUGGAGUGAAUCCCUUUAUUAUUGAUAUGAGUGUGAAUGCGAUACAGGAGCCAGUUUUUAGCAUUUUGUAUCAUAGGUUUACUAAAGGUGCUUUAGUAAUUGUUUUUAAAAAAAUUUAUAAUGUGACAUAUUUAAUGUUUGCUUGACCUAAAAAAUUAUUUUAUAGAUGGAACAAUUUAUUUC